AUGGCUAUAAUGUGGAAAGAAUGGUCAAUCUGCCUCUUAUCAUCAAUCCUUGUUUGGCCAAGAUUGGCCAGAGGUGAUUGCAGGCUGGCAUGCAAAUCGCUAUUGGAAUUCCUUCCGAACAACGUUUUCCUCCCCACCUCACCUCAAUACGCAUCGCAGCAGCAAUAUUGGUCUCUUCAGCAGGGUGAGGUCUCCCCAGCCUGCCGAGUGGCUCCAAGUAGCGCCUCGGACGUCUCUCAAUGUCCUUUCACCGUCAAGGGCGGAGGCCACACUCCCUUUGCAGGUGGCUCAAACAUACAGGCAGGCAUAACCAUUGAUUUCGAGAAGAUGGUCUCUGUCUCAUUAUCUACCGAUUCCAAAUCCGCUUUAGUUGGCCCUGGAACCCGUUGGCUUGAUGUUUACCAGUAUCUCGACCCCUUGAACCUGACUGUAAUUGGUGGCCGCGCGUUGGGCGUGGGUGUCAGUGGCUUGACGCUAGGUGGAGGUCUGUCCUUUUUCUCCGCCCGCUAUGGGUUCGCGUGUGACAAUGUCGACGAAUUCGAAAUUGUGCUAGCAUCGGGAGAGAUCACGACUACAAGCCCCUCUCACAAUGCAGAUCUAUUCUCUGCACUCCGUGCGGGAAAUCUCUGGGGCGGUAAUAAGUUAUAUCCCAUCACCUUGAACAUUACCCUCCUCCACGCGUUCACGGAAUACAAUGCAAACAACCCCAAGGACAAAGAUGCGCACUUAAUCCUCCCCUUUGGAUACUUCAGAGCCUUGGGAGGUUGGAUGGCGAUCUCCUUCUUUGACUAUGCCAUCCCGACCCCUGAUCCACCAAUCUACGACACGUUCAAGCGGCUACCGCAGCUGGCCUCAACGAUGCGCAUCACGAAUGUUUCAGAUCUAGCACUUGAGCUGAAUGUCGGCGAGGAGGGCGGCAAGAGAGAGUUGUACCGCACCUUUUCCAUUCACAAUGACGCUGAAUUAGCGGUUCAGAUUUUGGACCUCUGUUAUGAAAAGUUCUCGCCUCUGCAAGAGAGGUUAAAUCUUGUCAGCUGCGCUUUCCAACCGUUGCCUGUCAACUACAUCCGGGAAAUGCAGAAGAAUGGCGGAAAUGCCCUCGGACUCGAACCGGAGGACGGACCCCUGGUGAUCAUCAACGUGGGUAUCGAGUGGCUAGACUGGGCUGAGGAUGAAGCGGUGAACAAAGCGAUCAAGGAAUUCGUGGACGAUGGAGUGCGUCUGGCCAGGAAGAAGCGGUUGGACCACCCGUAUAUCUACAUGAACUAUGCAGGUCCGGAUCAGGAUGUGCAGGCUGGAUAUGGGAAGAAAAAUCUCAAGCGACUGCAGGAGGUGAGGGAUAAAUAUGAUCCCGAUGGAUUCUGCCCUGAAUGGAAAAUACUACAAAUGAGGCGAGUGGAGUAUAUUUUCCACUGCCCUUUCAUCCACUCAACCAGUGGUCUUUCUGGUUUAAAAUAUUGCUGUAGAUACACCCAGGCGCUAUGGGACUAG